AUCCAACGUUUCGUGCAGAAGAAAUUUAGCUUAGCGCCACGUCACCAAGGCCUCGUGGUACUUGCGCUAGAAGGACUUGCUGCUACUAGUACCAGAAGAGCAGGCGCAAGGGGGACGAGCGCGCGAGGGGGAGCGGGGUCCCGCGGAACGAUUGCGCGGGACUGGGGUUGGGGGAAGCGGAAGGGUCGGGAGGGAGCGAAAUUGGGAGGAUUAGCGGGAUUGCGUGGUUUGUAAAUGAACGGCGGAUGUUAGUAGCCCUAGAGUGGGGAGGCGAGUCUUGAGACGUCAUCCCAAGAGAGAUGGAUGGGAGGGGAGCAGGAGAGGGAGGAGGGGGUCCAGAGGGGGUGGAGGGACGAGAGAAACGGAGGCGGGAGGAGGAGCGGGAGGGGGGAGAGGAAUCACCUAGGGUUGAGGACGGGGGAAGGUCCGGUGGGGAAGAUUCAGCCCUGCUGGGUAAACCUAUCUGCUCUCAACUCCUGUUCGAAUCCGAGGAGUCAAGAAGACGGCGUCUUCACCACACGGAGGGAAGGUUCGAUGGGGAAGAUUCCGCCCUGAUGAGGUCGAGCCUUCCUCCCUCCUCUACCCGGUUCGAUCUCAGUGGGGAAGAUACGGCCAUACCUGCUGCUGGGGAAGAUACUGCUCUGCUGGGUAUACCUGGGAGUUUAAGCGCCAUGGCUGGCGGUGAUGGCGGGGAUGGCGGUGGUGGCGGUGAUAGAAGGAAAUUAAGUGGUGGUGACGUGGCGCCGAAUCUUAUGCUCUUUAAACCCGUCUGUAGACGCAAACCUGGUGAUACGCUGGUUGGGAUCAUCUUCGUUAUAAGCACAUCCGUCACAGCAGCUAUCGUCGCCGCACACACCCUCUCGUCCCUCUUCCUCCAAACCUCCCCCUCCGCCUUCCUGGAACCUUCCUCCCAGUCCUUCGCCCCAACCACCGACCAGCUCAUUCCACAAAUUGCAGGGGCGGCUCUCUCUGUCCUUAUCUGCCACGUGGCACCACUAAAAGGAUCUUUCGCCUUGCUGGCAGCAGGAUUCGCGGCCUACCAGUUUGUCUUUUUCCUCGCCCCUCUCCGUCCCCUCCGCCUCCUGUCUUCCCUACUCGCGUUGUUACAGGAGAGUGGGGAGGAGGGGGAAGGGGGAGGGGGAGGGCCGGGGGGAUGGGGAGGGGGAAGCGUGGUAGGGGGAUGGGGGGGAAAAAAGGGAAGGGGGGGGAAAGCUGGUGGUGGUAGUGGUGUUGUCAGUUACAGGCGUUACUCCUUUUUCCGCCACUUCUCCCCUCUGUCCUCGUUAUGGGAUUGGUACGGUACAUGGUAUGAGCCUCUGGAAGCGAGCAGCACGUGGGUUGUGGUGUUCUCUGCGCUUGCUUUGAUUCUCGCCGCCUUGCUCCUCCUGCUGCUGCUGCUAGGGUCGGGGAGAGGGAUGGGGGUGGGCGAGAAGGGGAGGAGAAGGGGAGAGGAGGAAAGUGAGGAGAGAGAGGAGGAAGGGGAGAAGGGAUCAUGGGAGGAGGAGGAGGAGGAGGAGGAAAGGGGAGGUUUGACGCCGUUAGGGGGGCGAGAAGUCUUGUUUGAUUUGUUGGCGUGUGGAUUCACACGUCAGAUGCAGCAUUGGGAUACGUGGUGCCAGCAACGGAUGACGUGGAUAGAGGACACGUGGCGCAUGACGUGGCACAUGACGUGGCGAUGCUGCUGCAACCUGCUGCGGCCUUUUCGUCAGAAGCAGCAACCGCAGCAGGAGCAGCAGAAAGGGACUCAGCACCAACAGGACCACCACAAGCAACGUCAGCAGCAGCAUCAGCAUCAGCAGCAGCAGCAGCAGCCGCUGCAGCCGCCGCAGCAGCCAGAGCAGCUGGAGCACCACCACCAGGCAUCCCCUUCCGGCCCAUUUCUGAUGAAAUCAGCAUUUAGCCACCCUCCGCCAUUCCGCCACCCUCCGCCAUUCCAACUGCCGCCCUCCGCCAAGCCCGUUCCCUCCUCCUCCAACCCUCCUCUCUCAUCCCGCCUCUCCCUCGCAUCCUGCCUCCCUCUUUCAUCCCGCCUCCCUGUCCUCCACUACUCCUCUGCUGUUUCAACUAUCCGCCGCUCCAUCCGCUCCCUCUCUCACCGCCACUUCCCCGCCCGCUCCCUUUUCACUGCUAUCGCUCUCCUCGCGGUUCUAGGAAGCUUCCUCUCGCCGCUUUUCGUCACGACGUGGGGGGAUAGGAGUGGUCCUGACGCCUAUGCUCAGACUGGUUCCGCCUCCUUUUCCUCCCUCUCGUCGUUCUCGCUCACUGCUUAUAAGGGGGAUAGUCCACUACCAUCCUCCCAGCCCUCCUUUCCAUCCUCCCUUUCCCCUCUGGCUCACUGCCCCCCGUUUUUUCUUGCGGCUGCGCAGCAGCAGCAGCAGGAGGCAGAAGAGCAGGAGAAAGAGAAGCAGAUACAGCAGCAGCAGCAGCAGCAGGAGCAGGAGGCGGCAUGGGGAACGGGCACCGGCUUUAUAUCAGCACAAAUUACUUAUGUCCCUCACUCCUCCUCCUCCUCCUCCUCCUCCUCCUCCUCCUCCUCCUCCUCCUCCUCCUCCUCCUCCUCCUCCUCCUCCUCCUCCUCCUCCUCCUCCUCCUCCUCCUCCUCCUCCUCCUCUUUCUCCUCCUCUUCCUCUUCUUUCACUCCUACCUCCUCGUCACCUAAUCCCCCCACCUUUCUCCCCGCCCUCUCUCACUUCCUCACAGCCCUUGCCUGCCGUUUCCCCCCCUGGUGCCAUCUGGCCGUCAGAACUGCCGGCCAGCUGGCAAGUCUGUGGUUGGCCGUCAGUGUGAUCGUUGCAGUGCAGUUUGCUGCAGCUGUUGUGGUCGGUUGGGAGGUUUUGGGCGAGGAGGAGGCAGAAGCAGUAGAAGCAGCAACACCGGCAGCACCAGCCGCACCAGCAACAGUGACAGUACUUUCGACCCAAAACUCAAUUGACUGUAGCGCGGUUGUUAUUGCAGGCUCUACCACGGUUCCAGCUUAUAUCGAGUCAGGGGCAGGCCCUACGACUGCUCCAGCUUAUAUCGAAUCAGGGGCAGCAGCUGACCGUAUCGUGCCAGAGGAACCAGCCUGGGGAAGGGGUGCCACUUCACAGGAGUGUUCUUAUAGCGAGGGGGGGAGUAACGGCAGCUUAGCUGUUGACGUUGGGUGGGUAAGGCAAGGGGAGCGUGUGGCAGUUGGCAGCCUCAGUUGCGGUAUGGAUAGGGCCAUGGACGGUACAAAUGGGUCGAUGGGCGGUACAGAUGGGUCGAUGGGCGGUACAGAUGGGUCGAUGGAGCUUCUGAUCGAGGAGAGGUCCGAUCUCUCAAGAUCUUCAUUGUGGCACGCUCUGUCUACUUCUUUCGGCACCAUCACUGCCAUCUCUCUCGUCCUCACCCUCAUUGCUGCUCUCGCUCUCACCCUCCCACCCCUCCUCUCCUCCCUUCUCGCAUCUACCACCUCCCCACUCUCCUCCCCCUCCUCACCCCUCUCCUCCUCCUCCUCCCCCUCUAUGGACGAUCGUCAUCUCAUGCCUUCCUCCGCUUUUGUCACUCUGCUCCGGGUGCUGGCGCUCGUUUGUGUCACGCCCCUCCUCGCCUUCUUUACAAGCCUCGUCUUGCCGAUCGCAGCAGCAACUGGAAAAGGCUUCUUCUCCUGCCUCUGCGCCUCCCUCCACCUGCUCCUCUCCCAUGCCUCGCCUCUCGUCCCCCUCUCCCUCUCCUCCUCCCUCCUCUCUACUGCCCUCGUCACCUCGCAUGUCGCUGCUCUAGCCUCACUUGGGGUAAGCCUCCUAGGGUGAAUACCUUUAGCCCUUCUUUAGACAAGGCCACUCUAGCCUCCUCUCCUCUGCCCUCACCUCCCAUGUUGCUGCCCUAGCCUCACUCGGGGUAAGCCUCCUUAGGGUGAAUACUUUUGGUCCUUCUUUAGAUAUGGCUUCUCUAACCUUCUCUCCUCUGCCCUCGUCACCUCACACGCCGCUGCUCUAGCCUCAGUAGGGGGGUAGGCACCCUCCCGGCCCGGAUAUGUUUUUUCCAAGGUAAGCCUCCCUGUGGAGAAGUUUUCUACAGGUAAUCCUGCUUUGGGUUAAGUCUCCUACAGGUUCAAUAUUUCAUCAGGCUAGGAUAGAGAGAGGUCUUUGCAAGUCCUUCGAGGCAAGUAUCCCAUUAUUGUUGAGAGGUUAUUAUAGUGACCCCUCUUUCUAGUUGGGCCCAACUAGAAACGACCCAACAGUGAAUAUGUUUUUGGAGGGGCGGGCAGCAGCCCGCGUUUUUUACCAAGCCGUAGGCCACGAAAUCGAAUUGCGCUUGUGACAUUUCGCACUGGCGAUAGAUUUUACGACCACAGAUUUGCGCAGUUAGCAUUUCGACCAAUCGGGGCCCAGCCUCGUUUUGCCAGAGUAGUGAACCUCGGUCCAACUUGAAAUUCAAGUUGGGCCCACUUGGUGCAGCUUACAGGCAGUGGGGGCUGGGCGACAGGUGGCGCGCUGCUUGCGAUUUUUCCUGAGCCACGUUUCCCACCGUACGUCAUGUGUUUCCCGCCAACCAAUCAGGUAACUGCCACUUCUCGCCCAAUUUCCCCUGCUCGCAUUUCUCGACAGUGUACCCUCUGCAGUUUUGUCCCUUCGUCGCAAAAACGGACGUCUGGGCCCUUUCAACUUGGACCCGCCUUCACUAUUUUGACCUCUCGCUUUAACUCAUUCUUCAUUGUGGCACUGCAUAAUGUUUGUUUUACUCCCUUCCCCCUCCGUGCUUCCUCCCUGUGUGUCAUUGGAGUGUCUGUCAGGCGUUGUUUGGCAUUUUCCUUGAGGGCGGCCUGAAUGAGACGCUUUUGGGGCGGCGGGUGGCGGAGAUUUGGGUCUUCCUUGCGCCGUCCAUUGCUGCUGUGCUGCUGGUUAACUUGUUACAAGGUGCAAGCUCUGUGCUUGUACUUCAAAUAGCACUAAGCAAUAACUUUUCUACACCAGGCGUCUCAAGUAAACAGUCUACAAUGAGGAAGUCUGAAUCAAAGUAGCCAUAUUUGGUGAUGUAUUGUCCUAUCAUUUGUACAUAUAACAAUGCUGUUGGGCUGAGAAAAAGCCCUUAGGAUCUUUCCAGAGACUAAGUCACAGUUGUAAAAAGGAGACUUGAGUA